AGCCGGGCUCGAGGCGAGGUCCGCGCCUCUGGGCCGCGGGGGGAUGCCAUGGCGGGCGGUCGGCUGCUAGCGGGGGCCUUGUGGUGGGCCGCCGCGGCGCCGCUCGAGGCGGCGGGACCUUGCGCAGUGUGCAACCCCGAGGAGCAUGUGAACACCUUGGGCGGCACUAACUCCACCCGCGAGGAGUCCAACGGGAAUGUGUUGCCCCUCGUGGUGCGACCGUGGGGCAUGAACGCCUGGAGCCCGGCGACGUCCUGGAGCGCCUACCAGGACGUUGGGCCCACGGGCCACACGACAUUCUACGGCGUGCGGUGCACUCAUCAGCCGAGCCCCUGGAUCGGCGACUACGGCCAGUUCUGGAUGGUGCCGUCGGUGGAGGACACCACGGAGGAGGAGGCGCGGGGCGCCGAGCAGGGCGCGCCUUCGCUCAGACGAGAGCCUACGGCCCGCCUGGACGUGGGGGGCGGGACGUGGAAGCCGUAUCUCUGGGAGGGCGCGCUCUCGGACCUGACCGAGGCGGACCUGGCCACGUCGCGACCCUACGCCGCCAAGCCCUGGCAGAUGUACGGUUUGGCCGGCUACCCGGGUGGGCACGGGCCCACCGCGGUCAUGGGCAGGCCUUGGGCCACGGUGCGCAAUGCGUCUGGAGACGUCAGCAUUGCAACCGCAACCACGCGGACUACCACCACAAAGACAACCACGACCACAACAACGACAACCUCUUACCCAGCCCGCCCAUCCCAAGAUGGGAUCAAAUUAGCGUUGACCGCAACCCAACGUGCAGCUGCCAUGGAAGUGGUGUUCCCACCCCUGUCGCAAAAUUCGAGACAUCACAGAUAUCGUCUCGAAGUGUUGCUGAACCACCCGAUGCAAGACAGCAUCAACGCUAGCAUUCGGCACGACGGGCGCCCUGUGCUGUCUGGGUGGACGAAGACGUUCGUCGGCGGAGUCCCUCACAUGUGCCGCGGUCAUGAUUGCGAGGACAAGUUCUCCCACUGGUUCUAUCUGACAGUUGAGCGCAGCACUGGAGGCUCCCUGCACGGGGCAGUCGCGCUGCGCCAGAAGUCGAAGAAUAGAGCCUCCAUUGACAUCGAUCCAGAGGUCUGCGGGCAGAAAGAGUGUCGGUUCCUGAUCCGUGUGGGGACAAGUUUCGUCAGCGCAGAGCAGGCAGAGUUGAACUUCGAGCGAGAGGUAGGCGAAAAGUCCUUCGAAGCGAUGGUGUCUGAGGCUAAGAUGGAGUGGCGAGACGUGUUGGGCCGAGUGGACGUGCUGGAUUUCGGCGACGGCUACAGCAAGCAGGAACAGAAUGGGCUUUUAGAGAUCUUCUACUCGUCACUUUACCGAGCCACGCAGUUUCCGCGCCUGCUGCACGAGGAGAGCAAGACAGGCGAGGUCAUCCACUUCUCCCCGUACGACCCCGCAGGGCGGGUCCUCCCAGGCUUCGCCGCCACGGACAGCGGCUUCUGGGACGGCUACCGCACGGUGUACCCCCUGCUCUCCAUCCUGUACCCCGAGAAGCUCGGGCAGCUCGUCCAGGGCUUCGUGACCGCCUGGGAGGAGUCCGGGUGGCUGCCGAAGUGGCCGUACCUGGGACCGCGGCAACAUGGAGGGCACGCUCGGCGACGCGGUGCUCGCGGAUGCCAUAGCCAAGGGCAUAGGCGGCUUCAACCGAACCGCGGCCUAUGCGGCCAUACGCCAGGACGCGUUUCUCGUGCCGAGCUUGCCGAAGAAGGCCACUCGCUGGGACACCGUGGCGCCUGGGUUUGGGCGCAGCGCUCUGAAGGGUUACUUGGACCUCGGCUAUGUUCCAGACGGGUUUCGAGAUUCUCGGAACUAUACUGUGGCCGAUGUGGUCUCGAGAACAUUGGACUACCUCUUGGCCGACAAGGCGAUUGCCCACGCCGCCGAAGCUCUGGGGUUCGCUGGCGAUGCCGAGGCCCUGCACCUGCGCGCCGCCAACUACAGCAGGCUGUUCGACGCGGCCACGGGCUUCCUCCGAGCGCGCAGCCCGAACGGCAGCUUCUUGUCCGACCCUCACUGGGAGAAGCAGGGGCAGUACGCUUGGGGCAGCCCGUACGUGGAGGCUGGUCCGUGGCAGUACCGCUUCAACGUGCCCUGGGACCCCGAGGGCUUGGCGGCCAUGUUCCGGGAGGCGGGGCUCGACAUGUGCGACGAGCUGGAGCGGAUGAUGACGGGGCCCUCCCAUUAUGGCCUCUAUGCGGGGAGGGAGGUCAUCCACGAGCAGACCGAGAUGAAGUCGCACUGCUGGGGGCAGUACGGGUUCAACAACCAGCCCGUACACCACGUGCCCUACAUGUUCGCCGCCGCGGAGGGCAGCUUGAACGGAAGGUGUGCGAGCCGAGGGCAGCGCUGGAUCCGCAAGACCCUGCUGGAGCUCUAUAAACCAGGCUCCGCAAUGUACAGCGGCGACGAGGACAAUGGCGAGAUGGGCGCAUGGUUCGUCCUGUCAGCGCUGGGCCUCUACCUGCUGGAGCCCGGGAGUCCGAGCUACGCCCUCGGCAGCCCGCUCUUCGGGCGGGUCGUGCUCAGGCCGCAGGGCCGCAAGGAGCUUCAGAUAGUCGCCGAGGGUAACUCGAGGGACAAUCCCUACGUCGAGGCCGCCUUCUUCGGGCACGAGGCCGGCGGCAGCUCGCUCGCCGAGCUGGCGGGCCCCCGGGUGCAGUACGGCGCCCUGGCGGGCGGGGGCCUCGGCGCCAAGGGCCAGCAGCGCGCCGCCGCUUCCCUGGCCCUGGCCUGCUCUCGGCACGGUCGAAACCCAGACAUCCGGCAUUGCAUGACCUUGCGCGCUCCCGUGCUUGUCGCCAAAAUUCUAUGGAACAUGACCCUGGAGGCCUUCGAGCAGCGCAGAGGGGAGCACCUUGGCGCGGACGGCCAGCGGGAGGGAGGGCUCAAGAGGCUGCCGACGGACUUCGGCGCCAAUGCCGGAGCAGGCCCCAAGGCACAGUUGCUCGAGAGCACGACCAAGGCGCCGGCGGCCUCGGCGCCGACGCAGGCCGCGGAGCUUCGCGAUCCAAUCGCGGUCGUGCACCUCACCUCCCCCAUCCCCGCCGCCGCGUCCAUCGCGAAAGCGAUGAAAGAGAGCGGGCGGCGCGCCCUGGCCCCCGGCGCGAUGCGCGGCCCGCCAACCCACACGGCGCCCGACCUGCGCCCCGCGGCCCCCGGCGCGGUGCGCGGCCCGCCAACCCACACGGCGGCCGACCUGCGCCCCGCGGCCCCUUGCGCGGCGCCCGACCUGCGCCCCGCGGCCCCCGGCGCGGUGCGCGUCCCGCCAACCCACACGGCGCCCGACCUGCGCCCCGCGGCCCCCGGCGCGAUGCGCGGCCCGCCAACCCACACUGCGCCCGACCUGCGCCCCGCGGCCCCCGGCGCGGCGCGCCACCCGCCAACCAGCACGGCGCCCGACCUGCGCACCCCGGUCCUCGGCGCGGUGCGUGGCGCGGCGGGCGGCUCGGCGCCCGACCACGGCGUGCUGGUGCCGCUGGCGGAGGACAUCGAGCGCCACGGCUUCUCGGCCCGCCGCGCCUUCCAGAUCCUCGGGCGGCAGCGCCCAGGCAUCGGCCGGGAGGACUUCAUGCGGAUCAUGGGCUUCUACUUCCCCGAACCGGCGUACGCGCCCGCCGCGCGCCACGAGGCGUGUGCGAAGGCGUGGGCCCUCGCGCGCCCGACGGGCGGCAUGAUCGGCGAGGCCGAGUUCGAGCGGCUGGUGGGCCUCGGCCAGGCUGCCCGCGGCCGGGCGCCUUGCGAGCCGCCCGUGGGCGCCAUGGUCUCCACCUACUUCCGCCUCGCCGAGCGCUGGAGCACGAAGCCGGUGGAGGCGAGGGUGGCGGAGAGGCUGCCCGGGGGCCUGAUCAGCGUCGUGUUCCGGAGCGGCGUGAAGCAGCAGAUCCCCGCCGCCUGGGUGGACCGGGUGCUGCAGCCCGCGGCCUCCGCGGCCCCCCCCGCGGCCUCGCCGGGCCCGCGCGCCGAGGUGGGCCGCGCGCCGCAGCCCGCGGCGCCCGAGGCCCCGCGCGACAGCGGCCAGCGGGCGCCCCCGCCGGCGGCCACUCGGGCGUUGGCGCCCGCCGAGGCCGGCCGGGGCCUGGUCGGCCUGCAGAACCUGGGCAACUCCUGUUACAGCCGAGGGGGCAGAGGCCUGCCGUCUUCUGUCCCUCUGUGCGUGAACUCCCUGCUGCAGUGCCUGGCUGGCGCCGAGCCGCUCGUGGGGUACUGCCGGGCGGACGGCCCGCUGCAGCGAGACCCGGGCCGGGAGGAGCAGUUCGACGGCGUGGACCAGCAGGACGCCCAGGAGUUCGCGGACUACCUGCUGACCUGCCUGCACGAGCAGCUCAACCGGGAAGCGUCGAUAGUCACGGACGUCUUCCAGGGGCAGUUGAGGUCGCAGAUCCAGUGCCUCCGCUGCGGCCUUGUCUCUCGCAAGUUCGAGACCUUCACCUGCCUGUCGCUCCCGGUCGUCGACGCCGCGGGGGCACCCCUGAGUACCCUCGAGCAGUGUUUCGGGGAGUUCUCCCGCGAGGAGAAACUGUCGGGCGGCGAGCGCUGGAACUGCCCGCGCUGCCGCGACCGCGUGGACGCCGCCAAGGUCAUCACGCUGUGGAGGCUGCCCCGGGUGCUGAUCUCGAGGGAGGAAACGUGA